AUGGGAGAUCCUGGAUGCCUCUCUCUUCCAUGUGAGUUUGGAAACCAUUUGAAGACUUAUGCUUUAGCCGAUUCUGGGGCCAACAUAAAUUUGAUGCCAUUUUCAUUCUAUCAAAAGCAAAAUAUUCAGAAGAUGAAGGCUACAAAGAUGACUAUUCACAUGGCUAAUCGUUUAGUGACUCACCGAAGGGGUAUUGUAGAAGACAUCCUGGUUAAAAUUGGGAGAUUCGUUUUCCCGGUUGACUUUGUGGUUAUGGAUAUGAAGGAGGAUGUUAAUGUCCCAAUUAUUCUUGGUCGCCCUCUACUUAAUACUGCUAGAGCUCUAGUUGAUGUCCGUGAAUCCAAGCUUACAUUAAGGGUUGUUGAUAAUGAGGAGACUUUCGGAAUACAAGAUGGUUUUCAAGGAGAAGAUGUAAAAGGUGAGGUGUUCAAUACGGAUGAAGAUAAUGAUCUUGAAGAAUUGGAGAAACUCAUGGAAGAAGAAAUCUAG